CGAUAUUUUUCAAAGUCGCUCAAUCUGUCUGCACUUUUGCACGGUAUCGCAAGCCGGGAGGUUUAGAUUUACAUUACGUGAGGGUACUAGCAGUUUUACUAUUAGCUAACUUAGCUUUUAAAUAUAAAAAAAUACUGGCGAAGACUUUGAUUAGUAAAUGAAUAUUUGAAUUUACUUCUCACGUAAUUUUAUAUUUUUAACGAUACUUGCGUUACCAUUGAGAGAAGUUUGUCGGAGACUCAAACGAGUGUAAAGACGACGCGCGAUCGGAUACGUCGUCGAUUUUCAUUGAUCUCUUUGUACUGUGAUUUAAAAUAUUUUAUAUCAAUUUCAUGCAAAGUGGUAGUGAUAUAUAUUUCAUUUAACGUUUGAUAUUAUUGUUAUUAUUAUUAUUAUUAUUGUCUAUAAUAUAACUAUUGAGAAAAGUAAUAUAGUAUAAAUACACAAAAAUGAAAGAUUUAAUGUCAAUUUGGAGCCGGCUAGCUGGUCGACGUUAUACGUCCGUACAUGUUAACGCUAACCACCAAGUAAGCUCACAAAAUCCCGAAGAUUCUUCAGACAGUGAUCCAAGUAGUCUUCAAUCGAAAUCCGCUAUUGUAGUUAAUCAAUUUUUUAAUAACACACUACCAGUACGUUCUAAUAGCAGGCGGAGAUGGCCAAGGAGUAUCUUCACAUUGAUGACCCUGGGUCUUCUUGGUCUUACUUUUGGUCUGCUAACAUUCGUAAUUCAGCCAUAUGAACUACUUUUUAAAUUAAAAGUAACAUUCAGCAAUAAUGGGGAAAUUUUUGAAUUGUGGAGGAAGCCACCAGUUGAUUUGUAUCUCAAGGUUUAUUUAUUCAAUGUGACUAAUCAUGACAGAUACAUGUCUGGAGUUGAUUCCAAACUCAAGUUUCAAGAAGUUGGACCUUAUGUUUACAAAGAGAAUUUAGAGCAUUCAAACAUAACAUUCAAUGACAACGGAACAGUUUCCGCAAUACCGAAGCACCCACUUACAUACGUACCAGAAUUAAGUGGCGGAACUGAAGAUGAUAUUCUUUAUUUGCCAAAUAUCGCUCUAUUGAGUAUUGCUAACGUAAUGAGAGAUGCUUCAAUAAUUACUACUUGGCCAUUAAAUGCUCUGAUCAAGCAAACUGAUUCACGACCGCUUGUACAAAUGACAGCGCACGAAUUCAUGUUCGGUUACAAAUCUAGUCUUGUUACCCUCGGUAACACUUUUUUGCCAUCGUGGAUUAAGUUUGAAAAACUUGGAUUGAUUGAUAGGAUGUACGAUUUCGAUGGUGACUUUGAGACUGUUUACACCGGUGAGAAUGACGUAAGAAAAACAGGACUGAUUGACAAAUACAGAGGUGACAUUAAUCUACCUCAAUGGACAGGAAAGUGUGCGAAUGUCAAUGGUGCAAGCGAUGGAGCCAAAUUUUCUAGUUACAUUGAACCAAACGAUACUCUUCUUUUCUACAGAAAAAGUCUUUGUCGAAGUGCCAAAAUGGUGAGAACGGGUGAAAAAGAUGUCAAAGGUCUCCAUACAUACAAAUACAAAUUUAUGGACAAUGAACUUGAUAACGGAGCCAAAAAUCCAGAUAACAAAUGUUUUUGCCGGGAAGGAAAAUGCUUACAAGAAGGCUUGAUAGAUGUCACUGACUGUUACUACGGGUUCCCGAUCGCUUUAUCAUAUCCUCAUUUCUACGAAUCAGACGCUUCGCUUCUCGAAAAGGUAGAAGGACUCGAGCCCAAGAAGGACAUACACGAAUCAUACUUUUACAUCCAACCUAAAUCAGGACUUCCAGUAGACUUAGCUUUUCGCUUUCAAAUAAACAUGGCUUUGCAGGACAUAAGCAGUAUUUCAAACGUCGAGGGUUUUUCCGACUUAGUGUUACCCCUCCUGUGGUUCGAAAUCGGAAUGUAUGAGCUUCCAGAGAGCAUGAAUAACCGAUUCAUCUUGUACUUGAACGUGUUACCGGUAGUCCAAGAUGUCGCUAUCUACGCGCUCUUCUUAGGAGGAAUAAUCUUCCUCGUGUGGAGCAUCGUGAAGAUAAUGUUGUACCGGCCAAAAGGGUCACCUGCAAGGCCAGGACAGUGGUUCGAAUCCGAUCUUCAACGCAAAAGACUGAACUUCUUUAACGAAAAACGGAAUUCAUUCCGCGCAAAACCUAUGGACACUUAUUACAAUUCUUUGCUUGAACCCAAAGAAGAAAUGACGCCUAUGACUGCAAUGGUUAACACAGAAUUCAAAGAAGAUCUUGUAUAGGUCAUCUGUAUUAUUAUAUCAUAAUUCGCUUUACUUAUUUUAUGCAGAAGAAUAAUUGAUAAGUAAACUGACGAAUGAAUCACGAAGGUGGUUCUGAAAAUAUAAGCAAAAGUUAAUGAUGUUUAUAAAAGCAUGUCUCACAACACGCCGACCUCAUCAACUUCCACGUAAAGAAAUAUUAAAUGAUUUUUUUAUUUGUUAACUAGUUGAAUUUAAAAAUUUGUUUGUAUCUUUUAUUGACGGAAGUAAUAUUGCUACAGUGAUUUUAGAGUGAAGUCUAAAAAAUCAAAAUAUUACGGACAAGUAAAUUCAUUUUUCAAGUGUUCAGAUACAUGAAAUUUACGGUAAACUUUGUAAUUUCGGCGGUGACUGUUGUAAAUUACCGAGAAAAAGUAAACAUAGAUUAAAAUCAAAUUUUAGUUUAUAAAUUUUAUAAUUUAAAUUAUUGUUUUAUAAAUUGAGAUUGUUUUUUAUCUUCCUACUAUUUUAAUCAGUUCGUUUAAAUUUAAAUGUAUAGUCAUCACAUUAAUUACAGUGCAAAUAGUGAAGUUGUUAAUGAAAUAAGUACUGGAUUUAACGAAAAAUGAAUACGUAAUGAUGACUUUAAAGACAGAUAUUAUAAAAGUAGCUGAAUAUUUUUAUAUAAAGUAUGAUUUGUGUAAAUAUUGUAAAUAUAUCAUUUAGAUGAUAAUGAAUUAAUAUAAUACUGAUAUUGCUCAUUAAUAGGUUUAGUUAACAUGUUGAAUCUCAUUUAAAUAAAUAAUUACCUCAGGUAAAUCUCAUAAAUAGUGCAAUUGACAUCACAAUACGUGAAAAACAAAAA